UUAAAUCAAUUUGCGCCAACUUUUAUUGUUUGUUUAUCCACGUGCUCGAGUUGCAAGUAGGUUGCAAGAUGGCUGUAAAUUCAUUUGGCAGACCGAUCAUGGUGAAAACAGACUCAAUGCAGUCCAAAAAACAGAAACUCAUUCAGUAUCUGAGAAAAUGCCUCGCAUCGGGGGAACUAAAAUCACAGGUCAAAGCUGUAAAUGAAUUGAAUGAGCUCCUCAAAAACUGUACUUCAGAGUAUGUGGCAUGCUUUUUCAUAAAUGGAGAUCUUAUUGAGGCUAUGGCAGAGUCCAUGUCCUCUUGUAACCCCAAAUUAAUGAAAUCGAUUUUUAGCUGGUUUUGGAUUAUUGCUAAGUCUGAAAAGUUCCUGAAACCCACGCAAGCAAGUUGCAUCGUACAAACCUGUCUCCGCAUUUAUAGUGUGUCUCGAGGAAAUCUUCCUCCAGCAGAAUCAAAUCAGAUCACUCAGUUAGUCCUUCUGAUCCUCCACAGACUGACCGAGGAAAAAGUGAAGAUAUCUCACAUCUGCACUAACUCUCAAAAAACACUCAUGCAUCUAUGUAAAGUCACCUUAAAAUCGACUAGGAGCGACGAUGACACCCUUUUAAAUUGCUGUUUUGUGACGGUCGCCGUUUUCUCCGAAGGAAUUGAAUCGAACAAGGUUCCAGAAAAACAAACAUUAAAGGUCCUCUUAUUGACCUUGAAAAAGAUCAAAUUUGUCCUUUCCAACCAAAAUUUGAGCAAAAAUAGAAAAUGGCACCAUGUAUUUGCUCUCCUUGGAGUCCUCUUACUGAGGAAGUCUGAAGUGUUUAGCAACUCAGCUGACAAUAGGACGCAGUUUUUGAUCUCGAUACAUGAAAUCAUCAGUUCUUUUCUAAUUCCCUUCUUAUUAUCGAUAUCUCGAGAAUCCAAAAUGAAUGAAAAACUUAACCUUGCAGCUCUUACCUUGAUCAAUGAAUGGCUAAAACUGGAGAAGUAUGUGGGAAACAAAAAACCCCUUUAUGUGCAAAUAGCUGAGAGUGGUCUGUUUUAUUCUCUGACUGUCUUUAGAUUUCAAUCUGAUCAAGGUAGCGAGCUGCAGUCUACAAUAAAUUCAAUCCUGGUCCAAGUUAUAAUGUCAGCAAGCCAAAAUGAACUACGAAUCGACUCUGAGAAUGAUGACUGUUGCAAGCUCCUUCAACAUACUCUUACGUCAGGUUUUGACGCUCUUCCAAGUAAAAUAUCUGCCUGGCCGCAAGUUUUUCUCCAGUUUCCGAAAACCUCUGUUGCAGAAUUAUCGGCGGUUUUGCUGUUCUUUGGUGUAAAUCAUUACUUCUACAGCAGCUGCAGUGUUGUAUCGAAAGUUUUCUCCAGCAUCUGUCAUUGUCUCACAGCUAUUCCGACGGAGUUUUCUUUGAAUCUCUUCAAACUGCUUUGGUUUAAUUUUGCCAUAAUGUUCAUGAACUGCAAGGAUAAGUCAAGAAUAAGAAAAUUGCCAGAGGCUAAAUCAGCAGUGAUUUCAUUUGUAGAGAAGAAUGAAGAACACUUUGAGUCAAUAUUUCUGCCUCAUCAUGCUGUCUUGAUGUGGGCCUUUCAGUGUGAUAUUCCUUAUCUUCAAGAAAAAGUGGUGGACAGUUGGUUGCUGAAUUUGAAGAGAACUUCUUUUCUAACCCUCCAAAAUCUUUGUCUGGUCUCCCAAAAAGCUGCUAAUUGUGUUUUGAAUGCCCUAUGUGAUACCAAAAAUGCCACUGCUGCCAAACGAGCUGUUCAAAUCUUCUACCAUCUUGUCCAGAAAAAUCAAGAUUAUCACACAAUUUUGUGGAAAAGAGCCUUUCUGGUUUUUGCAUCAGAGCCAUCUACAGAGACAAAUGUCUAUUACAUCGUCAGUCUUCUCAGACUUUGCCCUCCCGUAAAAAUGGAUCUUGUAAUGAAACAAAGCCUUUUCUCUUCGCUCCUCUCGUUUUGGGAAAAGUGGGAGCAGAGAGAAAGCACCAGUCGAAAAAACUACGUGAUUAUUUCGAAAAUAAUUCAACUCAUGAGCACACUGCUCUUCUAUGAAGAGUCACUUCCUCUGGUUAUUGCCACUGAUCCCAAGUUUUUAAGUCGAUUAGAAGUGAAUUUGCAGAGCCCUGACGUUUGCGUCCGCUACCACUCUUCUAACCUCUUUCUAUCAGUUUUGAAGUUCUUACCACCAAAUCAUCAGAUGGAGCCAAAGAUGAAUGUAAGUCCCAACUGCAUUCUGGAAAACAGCGCGGAUGCCUCAAUGGAAUUAGUAUCUGUGAGUGUCAAUCUGAUGACGUUCAUUCUCAAACCUGAAACUGAAAAUUGUCUGGCACUGAAGGACGAAUUGUCUUUUGACUUCUUGCGGACAGCCCUUCUUCAUUUCUUAUAUCUCUUCAUGAAGUAUGAUAACAGUACGAUGCAAGCAAUUUUCAAAUGCUUUGAGCUGAUUUUGGAUCGGAGUAAGAGGCUUAACUCUCGCAAGAUGCACGCUCAUUUUGUCACGCAUUCUGCAUUUCCCGAAGCAGUUUUUUUCUACCUCAAAAUAACGGAUGAUCUCAGGGAACUGUUUAGCAAGAAUUUCCUAGAUUUUUUGGCCGAUUGGUUCACAAGUGUUUAUGCAGAUCAGCUUAUAAGACAUGUACUCAUCAGCCAACGGAGAACUCAAGCUCCUCUUAUAUCAAGACUCUACCGCGCUAUUUUGAACACAAGCGCAAAACUUCUCUCAUUCCUGACUGAACAUGAAACAAAUGAAGAAAUAUCUCCCAUACUGCAGAGUCUGGAAUCGCUCAUAGAUGUGUUGAUCAGCAUGAAGUACAUCAUCCCACCAGAAACGAUCAACUCUCUCAAGGGUAAAAAACUGAUCUUUCAGCAAAGGAGUGCCUUAUCAUCAAAGAAAAGUUAAAUCUAAGUUAGGAUUUUAAACAUUGCAUUUAUAGCUCAGAUUUUAAGAUGCUUAUAAAUAUAACAAAUCUCCAAAUUUUAAGAAAAAAUUAUAUCACCAUCAAUUGAACAAUUGAGCAAUUUCUGACUGAAUUUAAAUCUAUUAGAUGAAUUCUUGUCAUGACAUGGCUUGUUAAAAGCAUCUCUUCAAUUAGGUAAUUUUAAUUCAGUAUUUCUAAUUUCACAUUUUGAUGAAAUCAUGAAUCUUUAGAAUUUGUUGAUUACCUAUAAUUACGCAGUGUUAAGCAAAAACUAACCAAGUGACUUUUUCAAAAGAAUUGAGCUGUGGGACGUUUUGACUUCAUACAUAGGCAUUUGUUCCCCCGCCUCCAUUUACUAUCCACAAAAAUAAAAAAAAUUUAAUAAGCAGAAAAUUGACCCGAAGGUUGUUAUUUACGUUGAAUCUUAUGUGAAAAUACAACUUCCAGCCUAUUUUCCUCUGUGCCAGGUCAAAAUCACUGGGCCCCCUCUCGCUAAACAUUAGUGAAAAUAAGGAAAGUUUGUUGUAAAAAAGUUAUAAGAGAUCGCGGUUCAUUCGAAGAGAGAAAUUUUUAUGGCUCCGCCUCUGAAUAAAAUUACCAAAGAAGUGAUAUGCUGCUAAAAGUUAGUCUUUGUUGUUACCACUGGGAAGCUGUACUUUAAAUUUAGUUGAAGACCGGUUAGGUUUGGUCGCUUCCAUCUUAUCUGCGACUGAGUUGCUGAAUGAAGCAACCUUUAAAUGAGUUCAGUCUGACGUCAAUCUCUCCUUCCUCCAACUGUAACAAAUUCAAAUUUUUAAUUUAUUUUCAUCUGCACUAUCAAUCACAAAUUAAAUUUAGUUUUUUCUUUUCUUCCCUCUCAUUUGAAAGUUGAAGAGAAAAGAUCUUAGGAAGUUUAAUAGCAAAUUAGUGAUUUCACCCUUUUGAUUCGACAAAUUAAGAAAAAUAAAUUAAGCAAUUAACACUUAAUGCAGAUCCAAAUGUAAACGCAGGUUUCUUGUAUGCGCGGUUUUAGAGAAAAAUGGAUUUAAAGUUUCAUCCUCCUGCACAGCAAAAUGUGACAAAGCUUCAAGUCCACUUUUUGCAUACUGAUUACUUUUGGCAGGUAUCAGAUUUUUGACAGGAAAAAAUAUGUUUCCAGGCAAGCUUAAAACUGUUUCCAACAUUUUUAAUUUUUGAAAAUCCAAAUUUAAAAUGUCACUUGGUUCCCUCAGGCUAAAGACUGGUUUAGACUUAGGGUAGUUACAAUUUUCUUGAAUUGAGUAAUCUCCUCAUUGUUACUUUAAAAUUUGUUUGUUCCUUCAUAAUAUGGAGAGUCAAUUUUAUUAAUUUUCAA